UAUGUAACGGUAUUUUUGACAUAUUCACAGUUUUUUUCAUAUUUUUUUAUAUAUCCGGGUCAUAACCGCAACAAAUUUUUCUGUCUUUAUUUAUUCUGAAGAGUUUCGUUCUGGUUCAUUUCGAAAGACAGACGCCAAUAUGAUGUUGUUGCUGGUGUUGUUGUUAUCUCGACCAUGAUCUGACUAAAGUUAUUCUUAUUUACUGUAUCAAUAUUUCAAUCUCGACUAAAUUUGUUACAGAAAGACACUAUGGAACGAUUCUUAACAGCAUUUAUUCUGACACUGUUGUUUAUUCACAACUCCGCCGUGUGCCCUAAACCUAAAUACAUUGAACCUUAUUAUCGUUAUGAGACAGAUUGUUGUCAGGAGGAUUUGGAUGUUUUCAAACCUUUUCCUAAUGGAAAGUACCCAGAAAAGCCAAAGAUUCUUGAACUAACAGAUUUCCUGCGAAAUGAAAAAAGAGGAAUAAAAGCUGUGUGGAAUGCAAAUUUAACCCAUUUAAAAGGAUUUAAAAUUGAAUAUGAGUUUAAAGAUUCUGGUAAGAAAAUCUGUAGAAUUUUGGACUUUUCUAAAUUUCUGAGGAAGAACAAAUCCAUUAGUAAUCAUAACUUUGAAUUUGAAAUACAUCCUGUAAGAAAAAAUAAAGAACUUUUGGUUCAUCUUCAUCCAUUGCCAGAAUCUGGAAACAACUAUCCUCCUGCUCAGGAAGUUGAUACAUUCAUGUGCCGUGAAUGGUUAAGUGAAAUGGAUUAUUCAUUGAAAGAUGAUAUGUUAAUUGUGCAGUUUAAACAAGGACCUUCAAAAUGUAAUAUAAAAAUGUAUAAUUUAACACUUUAUGAUGGACAGUCACGCAUUUUAAAGGAGGCAGCUGUCAAUUCUUCCAAGACACUCUCCAAAUUAAAACACAAAUUUCAUGGAUUAUGUCCUGGAACCUAUGAAAUAAGUGUUGAAAUAUUUGAUGAAUUUUGGAAUGAUGAUGAAAAAUGUAUAUGUAGAGCAAAGAAUGGAAGAUGUGGUGUCCAAUGUUAUCGGUCGGUGUCCAGUAAAAUUAAAAUUUUGAGUUCACCAUGUACAGUGCCAUCACCAACAAAUGUGACUACAGCUAAGAUGGGUUUAGCAACAAAACCUAAGAGCUCUUUUAAGUUAACCAUAUUACUUGCCAUUAUUGGUGCUAUGAUUGGUCUGCUACUUUUGAUUCUUAGUUUCUACUGUUUCAAGCGAACAGUCCAAGAGAAAAGAGGGCUGAUAUUUUAUACAGAGGACCAUUCUUACCACUGUGAAGCCAUUGAUAAGUUUAUAUCGUUCAUGAAUAAGAGUAAAUGUAAACUAGAAGUUGCUGCUCGGCUAGUGAAAGGUGGUGAUCCAUUAAGACUGAGUUUGGAAAUUCAAAAGUCUGAUUUUAUAAUUCUUGUUUACUCCAAAGCUCUUCACAAAAGAAUUCAGGCGUGGAAAAGCAACCAAGAUUACAUAAAUUUUUUAAAAGAGGAUAACUCAGCACUUUUGACAGUUUCCCUUCUCAAGGAACUUAAAGCAAGCAAAAAACUUAUCAUUUGUAAGUUUCCUCAGGCACCAAACUCUGGUAUCAGCAGUGAAUUUCCUUCAGUUAAGUGUUACACUCUUACAAAAGAAUUGAACUUGCUUAUUCAACAAAUCCAUAGAACAGGGGUGGAUCAAGAUCUCGCUAUUCUUGUCAAAAGUAAUAAACUCAAUCAUAAAUUUAACUCUUUGACAAACACAAUCAAGAAUGCUGCCACAUUUGAAGAAAAUAGUUCCUAUUGGUUUGAAGACAAAUAUAUUUGCCCCAAGAAAAUGGAGUCUUUAAAUGAAAUGCCUGAUUACACUGAAAAGUUUCUUGUCGAUGGAUGUGAACAUAGUAUUUAUUCCAUCCCUAUAAGUUACAUGUUUGAACAGAUAAAUGUAGACAAUGACACAAUUGCUUAAAAGAUUCACAGGUUGGAUUCGUUUGUUUCAACAAAGAUUUGGUUCCAUUUUUAUAUUUUUAUAUCUCAUCCUGGAUCCUUCCUGCUUUUCUUUUACCUUUUCACUCUACCUCUUUUCUUCUCUUACCUGAUGUUCUGCAUUUUUCCUUCUCUUAUAGAAACAAAAAACAACAAAAUCCACAUUUAACUUUAAAAACCAAAGAACUUAUUUUAUACUUUUGCCUAUUUCAUUGACAUGUUAGAGAGAGAAAUAAUUAUAUUUUUAUGAGCAAAGUUUCCAAAAUUAAGACAGUUUUAUUCUGGCUUAUUGAAGACUCUUAAGUUGUAAAUUAAUUAACUCUUAAUGACCCUGAAUAGGAUUUUCUUGUGAUAAUGCAGUUUUCUGUUGGCUCCUCUAGAGUUAGAGGAAAAUUUGAAUUCAUCAAUUCAUGCAAAUGAAACGCUUAAUUAUAAUUAAUCUGACAGCAUCAUUAGAGCAUCAGAAAAAACUGCCUUGCAUCUAUUUCUUCUCAGUUCAAAUUGCUCCAAAGCCAACUUUUCUAUGGAUAUGUCGCUAAAUAGAGGGAGUAACGUGGUGGCUCAGAAUGGUGAUCAGUGUAAAAUAUGGAUGGAGAGGGCAGUGUAAAGAAUGAAGGAUGACUAAUAAGAGAAAUAAUUCCAGAUAGUGAGAAAAUAUAAGUUGUGUCAG